AUGGUGACCAAUGUUCGAUGUAAACGAGUAAAGCGCUGGCGCUUUCUCAGCACUUCAACUAUCAACUUACUUAAGAUCCUCGAAGCCCCCCUCCACAAACUCUCCUCGGAAUCCUCAUCAACCUCAAAAUCCCUCCCCUCCUCCCUUCAUGCCGGAAUGUGCAGCCCCAGCAACCCCAUUGCCGCAACCCUAACCGCCGCCUUCCUCGACUUCGCCGACCUGCGCAAGAGUGGCGUAAACCCCGGCGAUCGCUUCUGCAUAAGCGCUUCAACGUGGAAAGGCGCGGUUGACAAGGGUAUCAAGGAGGUUCCGCGAGUGAAGCUGGAGUGUACGCAUGAGAAGGCGUUGGAGACGGUGGACAUUGAUGUGCUGAAGAAGUGGAAGGCGGAUACGGAUAAUGAGAAGAAGGUUGAGAGGCCAGGGGAUGCGGGUGGGCUGGCAAGAGAAAGUCAGGAGAUUGGAGGUAAGGAGCCCAAGGCGUAG